AUGGCCGUGAUGCGAAUGCAGAACGUGAGUAAGGAACUCAGGGAACUGGGGGACGUAGAUGCGCCACAGUCCAUGAACGCGGAUGUGCAGGGGAAGACGCAGACUGCGUGCUGUGCCGUCGAGGGCGGCGCGGACGAAUUCCGGCGAGCUCGCGAUAGUUGGGAGGCGGACCGCCAGAGCGGGAAGCCGCGCUCGCUUCUCCUGUUGCGAGCAUCAGCGGCGCCGAUGGUGUGUCGUGCGAGUAGCUGUUAG